AUGAGAUUCUUCAUCAUCCUUCUUUUGGCUCUCUUGGCUGCUACUGCUCUUGGUAAGUUACACGAUAUAUUUAAAGAAUGAAACUUUUUCUUAUCUUUCAGUUUUAAAACAUUUUACUUUUUUUUAAUGGUUCUACUAUAGUAUACACCAUAACCCUUUAGAGGCCGCCCACCACGGUAAGAAGUCAGUUCACAAGAAGCCAGCCCACCACCCUCCAGCCCACAAAGCUCCAGCUCACAAAGCCCCCGCCAAAGCCGGUACUAAAGUUCCAUCUGGAACUGGUGCCACUGCAGCUGCCAAGACUACUGGUGCUGCUGCGGCCGCUACUACUGCCAAGGCUUCUUAA